UGGGACUCAUGCAUUUGUAUGCGAGCUCAGGGGUAUAAAUACAAGGAGAGAGGCUCAGUAGCUCAGAUCAGCUCUUGCUCAAUCACAGGGCCUUUGCAGGCACUUAGAACUUUCUGUGGAUAAUGGCACCUACCAGCAUUGCACUGGAUACACGUUCAUCAAAGACCAAAACCAAACUAAGAAAACCUAUUGUGGAGAAAAUGCGCAGAGACCGGAUAAACAGCAGUAUCGAGCAACUAAAACUACUUCUAGAGAAAGAAUUCCACAAGCAAGAACCUAAUGUCAAGCUGGAAAAAGCAGAUAUUCUGGAGAUGGCUGUGAACUACUUGCAACAACAAAAAAGUAAGCCUUCAAGUGUGGACACUUUACAGCAAGAUUACAAGAAAGGCUACUCAUGGUGUUUACGAGAAGCUAUGCAGUUCCUGUGUUAUUGUCCAGAAAGCUCUGAUGCCCAGAUGAAGUUGUUGAACCACUUGCAAGGACCACAAGACGUCUCCACCACUUCAUUUCCUUAUACUGGCAAACCCAGUAAUUCGAAACAAGCUGCUAUGAUAAGCACACCCAGCAAGAUUUGGAGGCCUUGGUAAUGUUCUCUGUAACCCAUGUGGACUUUCGAACCAUAGAGGAAAAGGUGACUUGUUGUAAGUCGUUUAUGACCUCUACCUGUAAGGAACUAUGUUCUCCAGCUGCAAUCCAGAAAAAAGAUUUGGAUUUAUCAGCUCUUUAAACAGCACUGACUGAUUUCGAAGAGCAUCACAUUGUCCUACGGGAUAGUCUUCAGACAGACAUUCUUCUAUGAAGAUAUUAAGAUAUUUUAUUUAUAUGUAACCAUUUUCAGGUGUCCUCAUUUGUUUACCAUUAUUGGUAACUUGGGUAGUCUGCUCGUAUGUGGACACGUUCUAUGAUAUUUGUUAACUAUGUUCUCAAACAGGGAGUGUAAUAUUGUUAUACAUUAUAAUGUUGUAUUUUUAAAUACGUUUAAACAAAAGGGUAUAUGAAGACUCAAUUACAGGUCU